CCUCGGCCUCCCAAAGUGCUGGGAUUACAGGCUUGAGCCACCGCGCCCGGCCAGCAGAGUUUAUUAAACUAAGGUGAUUACUGGCUCAGCUGGACAUACGUCCAGGGAGUCUGAGCCCUGAACAAAGGGCUUUUCCUCCUUGUAAACAUCUUAAGGCGGGAACUACAUGAGGCAGGAAGCAAGUUACAGAAGUGAGAAACAAAACAGUUAAUGAACAUUUCUUAUAUCUUGAGAAAGACAUGUCUUUCAACCUAAACGUAUCGGUCUCGUGACCCUGCAGCCAUGCAGGAACUCACUGGGCCUGUAAUAACCUUUGAGGAAUGUGGAGUUGGGGAGUAUAGAUAAGGUCCACUGUCCACAGAGAGAAGACAGGUUGUUAAUAGUCUCUUUUAACUUGAGUGUAAGGUGCAGCCACACUUUGCAGCAACUUUAAGAGGAUUUUAAAAUUUCUAUUACUACUACUAUUAGGUUAUAACUGAUUUCAUUAAUUCCUUAUUCAAUACCUUAUUUAACUGUUUUACCACUUGUCUAGUGAAGCAAGUACCUCUAUCACUGGAGAGUUCUCCAGGAAUGCCCAGUAAGGAAAUACAUUUUCUAAUAACAUUUUAGCUACUGUUAUGGCAUUGAUCUUUGUGCGUAGGAAACCUUUAAUACAACCAGAAAACAUGCAAUGAAGGUGGCAGUGGAAUUAACUCCAUCUUCAAGUGUUCAAAUGAUCUACCAAGUGCUGGAAAUAAAUUGCUUGAGGUUUUUGUUGUCGUACUAGAAUUAUGGAUUUGAUAAACCAAAUAUUAGUUAUAAACCACUUAGCAAUCUUAGAAGAGUCGCCUCAUCAAUACUUUUUCAUAAUUUGGAUCAUUUUAUCUCCUCUAUGAUGAGUCAUGGAAUGCAGAGCUUUUAGUAAUGGAAAUUUUAAGAACUCAGGAAGGACCAGGUGGCCAUCCAGGGUCUCCAUGAGUGCAUGCUUCACACUGGAGUUGCAGCCUCUUAAGUACAAAUUUUAAUACCUUCCGAGAGAAAUAUGGGGACGUCUUCACAGUAUACCUGGGACCGAGGCCCGUGGUCAUGCUGUGUGGAGUAGAGGCCAUACGGGAAGCCCUGGUGGACAACGCUGAGGCCUUCUCUGGCCGGGGAAAAAUCGCCAUCACUGACCCAGUAUUCCAGGGAUAUGGCGUUGUCUUCGCCAAUGGAAACCGCUGGAAGGUGCUUCGGCGAUUCUCUCUGACCACCAUGAGGGACUUUGGGAUGGGAAAGCGGAGUGUGGAGGAGCGGAUUCAGGAGGAGGCUCAGUGUCUGAUAGAGGAGCUUCGGAAAUCCAAGGGAGCCCUCGUGGACCCCACCUUCCUCUUCCAUUCCAUUACCGCCAACAUCAUCUGCUCCAUCGUCUUUGGAAAACGCUUCCACUACCAAGAUCAAGAGUUCCUGAAGAUACUGAACUUGUUCUACCACACUUUCUCACUCGCCAGUUCUAUGUUCGGCCAGCUGUUUGAGCUCUUGUCUGGCUUCUUGAAAUACUUUCCUGGGGCACACAGGCAAGUCUACAAAAACCUGCAGGAAAUCAAUGCUUAUAUUGGCCACAGUGUGGAGAAGCACCGUGAAACCCUGGACCCCAGCGCCCCCCAGGACCUCAUUGACAGCUACCUGCUCCAAAUGGAAAAAGAGAAAUCCAACCCACACAGUGAAUUCAGCCACCGGAACCUCAUCAUGAACACGCUCUCGCUCUUCUUUGCUGGCACUGAGACCACCAGCACCACUCUCCGCUACGGCUUCCUGCUCAUGCUCAAAUACCCUCACGUCGCAGAGAGAAUCUACAAGGAGAUUGAACAGGUGAUUGGCCCACAUCGCCCUCCAGCGCUUGAUGACCGAGCCAAAAUGCCAUACACAGAGGCAGUCAUCCAUGAGAUUCAGAGAUUUGCCGACCUUCUCCCCAUGGGUGUGCCCCACAUUGUCACACAACAGACCAGCUUCCGAGGGUACAUCAUCCCCAAGGACACAGAAGUAUUUCCCCUCCUGAGUACUGCUCUCCAUGACCCACACUACUUUGAGAAACCAGACACCUUCAAUCCUGACCACUUUCUGGAUGCCAAUGGGGCAUUGAAGAAGAAUGAAGCUUUUAUCCCCUUCUCCUUAGGGAGGCGGAUUUGCCUUGGUGAAGGCAUCGCCCGCAAUGAAUUGUUCCUCUUCUUCACCACCAUCCUCCAGAACUUCUCCGUGGCCAGCCCCGUGGCUCCUGAAGACAUCGACCUGACACCCCAGGAGAGUGGUGUGGGCAAAAUACCCCCAACGUACCAGAUCCGCUUCCUGCCCCGCUGAAGGGGCUGAGGGAAAGGGGUCAAAGGAUUCCAAGGUCAUUCAGUGUCCCCACCUCUGUAGACAGUGGCUCUGACUCCCCGCAACUUCCUGCCUCUGAGAGACCAGCAGCAAGCCAGCUUCCUUCCCCUCCAUGGCACCAGUUGUCUGAGGUCACAUUGCAAGUGAGUGGAGGAGUGAGAUUAUUGAAAAUUAUAAUAUACAAAAUUAUAUAUGUAUAAUUAUAUAUAUAUAUUUAGAUGGAGUCUUACUCUGUCGCCCAGGCUGGAGUGCAUUGAUGCGAUCUCAGCUCACUGCAACCUCCACUCACGGGGUUCAAGCAAUUCUCCUGCCUCAGCCUCCCUAGUAGCUGGGAUUACAGGUGUGCGCUACCAAGCUCGGCUAAUUUUUGUAUUUUUAGUAGAGACGGGGUUUCAUCGUGUUGGCCAGGCUCGUCUUGAACUCCUGAACUCGAAUGGUUCACCCACCUUGGCCUACCAAAGUGUUGGGAUUACAGAUGUGAGUCACCGUGCCUGGCCAUAUAUAUAUAAUUUUAAAAAUUAAGAUGAAAUUCACAUAACAUAAAAUUAGCCAUUUUAAAGUGUACAAUUUAGUGGCAUGUGGUUCAUUCACGAAGCUGUACAGCCACCACCAUCUAGUUCCAAACAUUUUCUUUUUUUCUGAGACAGAAUCUCGCUCUGUCACCCAGGCUGGAGUUCAGUGGCGCCAUCUCGGCUCACUGCAACCUCCAUAUCCUGGGUUCAAGAGAUUCUCCUGCCUCAGCCUCUGAAGUAGCUGGGAUCACAGGCACCCCCUACCAUGCCCGGCUAAGUUUUGUAUUUUUAGGUGGUCUCGAACUCCUGAUGUCAGGUGAUUCACCUAGUUACAAAUGUUUUCAUUAUCUUUCCCCCAACAAAACCCAUACCUGUCAAGCUGUCACUCCCCAUUCCCCAUUCUCCUUUUCAUCUCAGCCCCUGACAAUCUGGUUUUUGUCUCUAUGGCGUUACCGAUUCUGAUUAUUUCCUAUGAACAGAAUCAUACAAUAUUUGACUUUUUUUUUUUUUUUUUUUUUUUU